CUCGGCUCGUUUUGCGGCCGCGCUGCUUGACGGCCGCGGCGUCGGCCCGCCCUCCCCGGCCGGCGUUCCCAGGUAACGGAAAGCGCGUGGCGCUGAGGAAGAACAGUUGCCCUGAAGAAUGGCGGAAGCACUUUUCCACGCCCCAAAGAGGAAAAGGAGGGUGUGUGAGAAUUACGAGUCUCCACUGCCAGUCCCUCUUGGUCAGGACCAAGAUCCUAAGAAAUUCAGAAUCUUCCGUGCAGAAAUAAUCAACAACAACGUGAUUGUGAGGAGCCCCGAGGACAUUAAGCAGCUGUAUGGGAAGGGCUACUUUGGAAAAGGCAUUCUUUCCAGAAGCCGACCAAACUUCACAAUUUCAGAUCCUAAGCUGGUUGCUAGGUGGAAAGAUAUGAAGACAGACUUGCCUGUAAUCUCAUCAAAGAAGUACCAGCGUCGUGUCGAAUGGGCCGCAAGUCUCAUGCGCAGACAGGGGCAGGACCCGAGAACUGUGUGUGAGAUCCUCAAAGAGUACACAAAACCGCUUGAACAUCCUUGUGUCAGAAGGAACAAAGAGGUUCAGGUGCAUGAUGCACCUGACCCUGAGAUAGCUUCCACCCUGGGAAGCACAGUGGGCACCGAGAACCUUUCUGAGAUGAAUGAAGACAUUGGACAGUCACACGAGCCCAGCAGGCACUCAGAUGACGGCCUGCAGGAGGACUCUGUGCAUGACCCACUCACCACCAAGGGCCUCGAUGCGAGGGUGGUAGAGGACACCACACCUCUGCCCCGAGAUGUCCUCAUCCCCCUGUGUGGCCUUCAGCCUGAGGCUGGCGGUCAGCAAACAGGUCUUAUCCAUGCUGGAGAGAGAGGGCCUGACCAUGAGUAUGUGCUCGUUGUGGAAGAAGAGGUGUGUGCUGUGAGCGAGGGGGACAACGCCCCCAAAGAGGAAGUGGUGCAAAGACAGAAAUUAACAUGCAGAAGAAACCCGUAUAGGAUCUUCGAGUAUUUGCAGCUCAGCCUAGAAGAGGCUUUCUUCCUGGUCUAUGCCCUGGGAUGUCUCAGUAUUUACUAUGAGAAGGAACCCUUGACGAUACUGAAACUCUGGCAAGCUUUCACUUCCAUUCAGCCCACCUUCAGGACCACCUACAUGGCCUACCACUACUUCCGAAGCAAGGGCUGGGUGCCCAAAGUGGGGCUCAAGUACGGGACAGAUUUCUUGCUAUAUUGGAAAGGCCCGCCAUUCUACCAUGCAAGUUAUUCUGUCAUCGUUGAGCUCGUGGAUGAUCGCUUGGAAGGCUCCCUCCGCAGACCAUUCAGUUGGAAGUCGCUGGCCACCCUGAGCAGAAUCUCAGUUAAUGUCUCUAAGGAACUUAUGCUGUGCUAUCUGAUUAAGCCCUCUACCAUGACUGACGAGGAAAUGGAGUCCCCAGAAUGUAUGAAACGAAUUAAAGUCCAGGAGGUGAUUCUCAGUCGCUGGGUUUCCUCACGAGAGAGAAGCGACCAAGAUGAACUCUAGCGAUUCAGCCUCAGAUUUCCCACUCACUGAGCCUUCCACAAAGUCCUUUCCCUGUAAUCGUCCAUCCAGCUACUUAGGGGAGGAAAACGAGGCCUGUGCUGAAGCCACAAGGUCUGUCCUCAAGUCACUUGCUCGCUGAACCCUCUAGGCCCCAGCCUGGGUACUUCAUCCAGUCACUGGGGAGGUCAGACUAGAUGAGUCCAGAGAGGACUCUCCCAGGAACAGGUAGGUCUGCUCUCUGAGUUUGUACAAAAAUAUAAUACACGUUUAUACAAAAAUAUAAUUUCCAUUUAUACAGCACUCUGCAGUUUUGGGAGCACGUUCAUACACAGAUAUGAACAAGAUCUCUCUUGUUUGCACAUCUAAUCUGUUACAGAGAGAGAGAGCAUCAGAGAGCAGAUGUGGGGAUCACAGGGCCCCAUGUUCCAUUCUUUAAAUGGAGAAAGUAUGAAUGCAUCUCAGCAUAUCCAAGGACUUGUCCUUGGAUUUAAAAAUCCAUCUGGGUGUGGGGCUCACCUGUAAUUCCAUUGACUCAGCAGGAGGAUCCCAAGUUCAAGGCCAGCCUCAGCAACUAAUAAGACCCUCAGCAACUUAGUAAGAGCCUGCCUCAAAAUAAGCAGUAAGGACUAGGAAUCUAUCUCAGCAAUAAAGCUUGUCUGAGUUCAAUCCCCAGCAUUUAAAAGAAAAAAAAAAUCCAUUGAUUAUCUGCCAAGGAUUUUUUGAUUCAAAGAAAAAUCUUUAAAACAUCAAUUACUGAGAGGCUGGGAUUGUGGCUCAGUGGUAGAGCGCUUGCCUGAUAAAUAUGAGGCACUGAGUUCGAUUCUCAGCACCCCGUAUAAGUAAAUGAAUAAAAUAAAGGUCUAUCAACAACUAAAAAAAAAUUAAAAAAAAAAAAUCAAUUACUGAAUUGCUUAAUUCUCAACUCAUUAUUGGAUAAGUUUAUGUGCAGAACAUAAACUUAUCCAAUAUUAUCACGAUAUAGUUAAAAAUUCUUGCUCUGGGAAACUUGUAAAAUAAAAAUAAGUGAUGAAAUAAUAUGUUUGGAGACACAUAAUAAAUGCAGUUAACAUGUAGGAAAGUACAAUAAACAAAUUUGUUUAAUUGGUUAGAAAGCAAUGAACAUCAAAAUUAUACUGAGAUUCCGUCUCACUCCAGUCAGAAUGGCAAUCAUCAAGAAUACGAGCAACUGUAAAUGUUGGUGAGGACAUGGGGGAAAAGGCACACUCAUACAUUGCUGGUGAGACUGCAAAUUGGUGCAACCACUAUGGAAAGCAGUAUGGAGAUUCCUAAGAAAACUUGGAAUGGAACCACCAUUUGCCCCAGUCAUCCCACUCCUAGGUUUAUACCCAAAGGACUUAAAAUCAGCAUAAACAGCGACUCAGCGACAUCAACAUUUAUAGCAGCUCAAUUCACAGUAACUAAACUAUGGAACCAAUCUAGGUAUCUUCAACAGAUUAAAUGGGUAAAGAAACUGUGGUAAAUAAACUAUAGAAUAUUACUCAGCCUUAAAGAAGAAUGAGAUGAUGGCAUUUGCUGGUAAAUGGAUAGAAUUGGAAACUAUCCUGUUAAAUGAAAUAAGCCAAUCCCAAAGAACAAAAAGCGAAUGUUUUCUCUGACAUGCAGAUGCUAAUUCACAAUAAGGGAGCAGGGGAGAACAGAGGUAUUUUGGACUAGAUGGGGAUGAAGGGAGGGGAGGGAGCAUGAGAGUAGGAAUGAUAGUGAUAUCAAUGAUCCUAUGAGCAUAUAAGAUUACAUGAUCUGGGCUAGGGCUUGGGCUCAGUGGUAGCACACUGGCCUGGCAUGUGUGAGGCACUGGUUCAAUUCUCAGCACCGCAUAAAAAUAAAGGUCUAUCAACAAUAAAAAAAAAAUUAAAAAGAUUACGUCAUCUCUGUAACUACAUCAUGUACAAUGAGACAAAUGAGAAGUUAUACUCCAUUUAUGUAUGAUGUGUGAAAAUAUAUUCUCAUCAUGUGUAACUAAUUAGAACAAAUUUUAAAAAGAAAUGAAUAUUACCUAAGAAGCA